UAAUAAAUAUGGCGCCGGCUCUCUAGCUUUCCUUUGGCUGAUGCUUGGCUAGGUCAUUGGUUUAUUUAUCACCAAAAAUACUUUUAUUUUAGUAAAUAGAGUAGUAAUAAAUAAUAAAUGUUAUAGACAGUAGACAUUUUGUUAUAUAUAAAAGAAACCACAACAUUGUAAACAUCAAAAAUGUACGAUGAUAGGCGUGGCGGUCGUGGUGGUGGACGUGGGGGCGGUCGGGGCGGUGGCCGCGGCGGCCGAGGAGUCUCCCGUGGUGGAUCUAGAUCAGGCGAUAGGUCUCAGGAUAGAAGUAGCCGCUUCAGUGGCGGGGGCCGAGGCCGGGAUGGAGGGCGAGGAGGGCGAGAUGGCGGCCGUGGGUUCGGUGGGCGUGGUGGGCGGGACGACUUCCGCGGCGGUUUCAAAAACGAUCAGCCCGGUGGCAAUCUCCGCAAAAUCCGAUGGGAUACAGUCACGCUAACACCAUUCGAGAAAAACUUUUACGUCCCCCAUCCGAAUGUCCAGAGACGCUCACAAGCUGAAGUAGAGGCUUACCGUAGCCAACAUCAGAUAACAGUGAAAGGCCAUAAUGUACCUUCCCCUAGCAUUUACUUUGAAGAAGGGGGAUUUCCAGAUUAUGCCAUGCAGGAGAUUUUAAAACAGGGUUUCCCUAAUCCGACCGCUAUCCAGGCUCAGGGCUGGCCCAUAGCACUGUCAGGGCGUGAUAUGGUUGGAAUAGCCCAAACAGGAUCAGGGAAGACAUUGGCAUACAUUUUACCAGCCAUUGUUCACAUUAUAAAUCAGCCACGACUGCUACGAGACGAUGGGCCAAUUGUGCUUGUUUUGGCUCCAACUAGAGAACUUGCACAGCAAAUACAGCAGGCGUUGAUCGGAAUGAACGGAAUCGCUGCGGAGAUGUUGGACAGCGAUCAAAACGCCUCAGAUAUAGUGGCUACAGACUUUGGGCAAAAUGUGCAAGUCAGGAACACUUGUAUAUUUGGUGGGGCUCCUAAGGGCCCUCAAGGCAGGUGCUUAGAGAGAGGUGUCGAAAUAGUAAUUGCUACUCCAGGAAGGCUCAUUGAUUUCUUAGAAAAAGGAACAACAAAUUUGCGGCGUUGCACCUACUUGGUGCUGGAUGAGGCGGACAGGAUGUUAGAUAUGGGUUUCGAACCCCAAAUCAGGAAGAUUAUUGAGCAAAUCCGACCUGAUAGACAGGUAUUGAUGUGGUCUGCAACUUGGCCGAAAGAGGUACAAAAUCUAGCAGAAGAAUUUCUCCAUGAUUACAUCCAAAUCAACAUUGGUUCACUCACAUUGUCAGCCAACCACAAUAUUCUCCAAAUAGUAGAUGUUUGUGAGGAAUGGGAGAAGGAUGAUAAGCUGAUCACAUUGCUCACUGAAAUAUCAUCGGAGGAAGAAACAAAAACCAUUAUAUUUGCUGAGACUAAGAGAAAGGUUGACGAUAUAACAAAAACAAUAAACCGCGCUGGAUGGCGGGCGCUUGCCAUACACGGCGACAAGAACCAGCAGGACCGCGAUUAUGUUCUCAGUCAGUUCCGACAGAAUAAUGGCGGGAUACUUGUAGCAACCGACGUCGCCGCUAGAGGAUUGGAUGUGGAGGACGUGAAGUUCGUAAUAAACUAUGAUUAUCCAAAUAAUUCCGAGGACUACGUACACCGUAUCGGUCGCACGGGCCGCUCGCAGAAUACUGGCACUGCAUACACGCUGUUCACGCCGAACAAUUCGGCUAAGGCAAAAGAUCUGAUGUCUGUUCUACAAGAAGCUAAUCAAGUAGUCAAUCCUAAGUUAUUGGAGUUGGCGCAAUGUGGUAUGGGCUUCAAAGGGAAAUAUGGUCGCGGCCGGUUCCGUGAGCGCGACGAAGGAGACUCCCGCCACGAACGUAGCGGACGCGGUCGCGGCCGUGGACGUGGCAGUGCCGGCGGCGGGCGCUUUGGGGACAGAGGAUCAAGGUGGGAUAAUUCCGACAGUUACGGAGAUAAUCAAAACUCCAGCUACAGCAGGAAUGAGAACUACAGCGGCAGGAGCAACUACGGGAACCGUGAAGGAGGGAGUUUCAGCCGCGACAACUCGUUUAGACAAGACAACGGGUUCCGAGGACGCGGAGGUCGCGGGGGCAGGGGGGGAGGCGGUGGCCGCGGCGGUAGCGGCGGCAGCUAUAACCAGGGUCAGCAAGGGGGGUACAAUCAGAACUAUGGUCAGUCUCAAUCCCAGAGUUUUAAUGUCCCCCCUCCGACGAGUUAUUACAAUAUGUACUCGCAGCCACCACUCCCACCCAGUAAUAAAUAUGGAGCUAAAUAAAUUAGAAAAAAUUAGUAUACAAAAAUCGGCAUGAAAUGUCGCCUCUGGCUGUUAUAUUUACUUCGACGGUUAUUGGUAUUAAUUUCAGCAUCUAAUUUUGUUGUAAAAAAUUCAAAAACAAUUUUGAUAUGUCAUAACAAAAGUUGCUAGAACAUAUUUCAUGUAACAGCUCGUAAUUGCAGACUGAGCUACAAAUUUUAUUAACGUCGAGGAAAUGAAUAGUAUUUGUACCUUAAUUGAUUUAAGAAUAUGUAUUAAAUAAAUAUCCAACAGUGUGGGUAAUGUAUUAGAUUGUUUUUCAAAAAAUUGUUGAUUUUCAUUAAAUUAGCAUAUCGCGAGGAAAUCAUAAUGCAUUGUCUUAGACAAUGGUCUAAAUUAAUACCCUAUAUUUCUAAUUCUCAAUAUCUUUCAGCUAAAAUAUUGUCUCAGUAUCGCGUUGACCAUAUUUUUAUACGUCGAAACAGUCUUGUAUGUUGUAGCUAUCAAAUAACAGUGAAUAUAGCGUUCGACUUUAUGUCGAUAUAGCUCUCGUUCCAACAUUCCCUACUUAUGUUUGUGACGUAACUGAAUUACUCUUAUAAGAUUGUGCAAUUUAAAACCUAAUAAAAAUUCACUUAAAUAGAAA